UCAUCAUACCCAGUUCCCCAGAGCCCAGACCCGCGCUCAGCACAUCAACUGGAGUUUCUGAAAGGGCCUUCUCAGCAUCUCCUCUCUCCAAAGUAGACUGCAAACUCCGCGACCUGGAUUCAGGCGGCAACUAACCAGAAGGCGGGGAAGGGGUUCAGACUUGCACUGGGAUAGAGCCACCCACACCGCCUCAUCAACCCAACGUCCCCUGCCUCUGCUCACCACCAAGCGGGCCUUUCAACCUCGAGGCUGUCCGGUGUCUCGAGGCCGGGACUGCUGGGGCGGGAGCAGGAUGUAAGCAGAAUCAUCCAAGCCCUAAAUGAGUGCCUUGCUGCCCUUCCUCAGCAGUUGCUCCAGGAAGUCUGUGGCAUUGGAGUAUCAGGACAGAUGCAUGGAGUCAUGUUUUGGAAAACAGGCCAAGGCUGUGAAUGGACAGAGGGAGGGGCCUCCCCCGUGUUUGAGCCCAGAGCUGUAAGCCACCUGGUCACAUGGCAGGAUGGCCGGUGUAGCAGCGAGUUCCUGGCUUCUUUGCCCCGGCCGGAGUCCCAUCUCAGUGUGGCCUCAGGGUUUGGCUGUGCAACCAUCUUCUGGCUUUCGAAGAAUAGCCCAGAGUUCCUGAAGUCCUAUGAUGCAGUGGGCACCAUCCAUGACUAUGUGGUUGCCAUGUUGUGUGGCUUGCCAAGAUCCCUGAUGUGCGACCAGAAUGCUGCUAGCUGGGGAUAUUUCAACACUCAGAGCCAAAGCUGGAACUUGGAGAUAUUGAGGACCUCAGGCUUUCCCAUCCGCCUGCUCCCAGACAUCGCUGAGGCCGGCAGCUUGGCGGGCAGAACUUCCCGUGCCUGGUUUGGAGUCCCAAAGGGGACGCGGGUGGGCGUGGCCUUGGGUGAUUUACAGGCCUCCGUCUAUUCCUGUAUGGCCCAAAGGACAGAUGCGGUUCUCAACAUCAGCACCUCUGUUCAGUUGGCAACCUCCAUGCCUCCAGGAUUCCAGCCGGCACAGACUCCAGACCCAACAGCUCCAGUCACCUACUUCCCAUACUUUGACAGGACCUACUUGGCGGUGGCAGCGUCGCUCAAUGGGGGCAAUGUGCUGGCCGCGUUUGUCCACAUGCUGGUACAGUGGAUGGCCGAUCUAGGUCUGGAGGUCGAAGAACCCACUGUAUAUUCGUGCAUGAUCCAGGCAGCUGCACAGCAGAGAGACACCUGCCUAACUAUCACUCCAACGGUGUGGGGCGAGAGGCACCUGCCGGACCAACUGGCCUCAGUGACCAGAAUCUCCUCCUCUGACCUCUCCCUGGGUCAUGUGACCCGGGCCCUGUGCCGAGGCAUUGUUCAAAACCUGCACUCCAUGCUUCCAUUUCAACAGCUCAAGGAGUGGGGUGUGGAGCGGGUGAUUGGCAGUGGGAGUGCGCUGUCCAGGAACGAGGUUCUGAAGCAGGAGGUGCAGAGGGCAUUCCCUUUCCCAGUGUCCUUUGGGCAGGAUGUGGACGCAGCUGUGGGGGCAGCUCUGGUCAUGCUCCGGAGGAACCUUAACCAGAAGGAGUCUUAAUACAUUCUUUGGCCAAAGGACUUGCAAAUUUUAUCUAAUUAGCGAUUCUCACAUGACCUUGGGGUCAUCCUUUUCCUGGACACGUUUGUGGGCAGCUUUUUUUUUUUUUUUUUAAUUUUUUUUUUUUUAACGUUUAUUUAUUUUUGAGACAGAGAGAGACAGAGCAUGAACGGGGGAGGGUCAGAGAGAGGGAGACAGAAUCCGAAACAGGCUCCAGGCUCUGAGCUGUCAGCACAGAGCCCGACGUGGGGCUCGAACUCACGGACCGCAAGAUCAUGACCCGAGCCGAAGUCGGCCGCUUAACCGACUGAGCCACCCAGGUGCCCCUGUGGGCAGCUUUUAAGCAAAGCUUGUUCUCAGGGCACCAUCUUGACCAAGAACCUACCUUCAGGGCAUACUCUAAUAAUGCAGCCAGGACUCAUCAACUGGAUCCCAAAUCAGUACUUUCCAAAAGAGACUCACCUGGGAACUGGUCCCAAAUAUAAAUAUGGUGAAGAGAAGAGAGAGAGAAAGAAAAGGAACAGUACUCCAGCAUCCCGGUCAGCAGGCUCAUCUAUGACUCACCUGUAGACAAACAGAAAAUAAAUAUGGACUUUAGGCACCAAAAAGUCUGGUGACUGUGCGCUCAAAGUAAGAAAAGAAGACCCUCCCCCAACCCCCCCCCCCCCCAAUCCAGCUUUUUGGAUUGUUUUUAAAAGGACAUGAAACCCAGGCUUGGGUCACAUGCACUGUUGGAAAAGUCCUUCCCUACUGGAUUCUCCCAUGUGACCCUGAGGUCCCUUUCUCACUCUUGUUCUCCCUUGGCCACAGCUGGUUAUAGCUGAGGCAGGGGGUCGCCCAGGGCAGUAAAGCAGACUGGCUGAGAUGAAGAUGUGGGGAUCCAUGCUGCCUUCUCACCAUGCACUUCCCCUCCAAGGACAGCCUGCUGCACUGGAGCUGCUCCAGAUCCUUAACACAACUGGCUCGAAGGCACAGAACAGGGAAGGAAAGGUGGGUGGCAUGACCAGCAAGGGGGACGGAUGCUAUGUGGCCCCACCAUUCAAGCACAUUGUUCCCAAUAGUCUGACCAGGCAGGACCCUUUUUCGGAGGUGUGUCUGGGCAGCAGUGUAUUUUUCUCCUGCACAUUCUUGGGAGGCCUUCCAAGGGAAGGGAUGCAGCUGGGCAUGCUCCUGUCAGAGAGGAUGGUCAGUUUAAUCAGAGAGAACCCCUUAUCCUGCAGGCCCUAGAUUUUCUUUCUCUUGGUGUUGGCCUUGCUGGCCUACCAUGUGUUUCUGGCCUGCAGAAACAUCCCACUAGAGUCAGCAUCCAUGUGGGGGUCCCAGAGCAUCUUAAACCUUUCUGUAGUUGGUAGGGAUGACCAUGGAAUGGCUCCAGGAAAAGGCUGUCAUUCCUGCAUCUAGUUCCAGACUCCUAAGAGUGAUCCCAAGGCUCAGGCAGGCCUGACUCUGAGACUCCUAGGCAACUAUGAGUUUGGGAAGUGGCCAUGUUGUUUCUUUGUAAAGGUCACUUUAUGAAUUAUGUGGUUGUCUGAGCUCUUAGAUUAAUCUGCCUUGCCAUGCUGAUUGGAUUUCAGAUACUAAAGCUCAUUCUUUCAGAGCUUUGUCCCUUUAAUAAGACACCCCUGUCUGCUUUGGGAACACUGUAAAUUAUGGCAUAGCUGUAGGGCUUGGUUUGGCAGGUUGGACAUAAGGAUCAUUUGUAGGUUGUUCUGCAGAAAACCCCACCUGCUCCAUGAUUGUACCAGGACAAGUAGCUGAAGAUCACUCGGGAAAGUCAUGUGAGUUUUCUCUCAGCCAAGAUGAGUUGACACCAUUAUUCUGGAGCCCCUAUGGAAGGCCUGUGAGAGAGGUCACCUUGGGAUAGGCCGAAGGAUAACAGAUAGCCUGUCCAUCAGGAGGAGUUGGCCCUCUGACUCCUGGGAGGCAGCCUGUCUUGUAUUCUCAGGGUGCUAUGGAUGGAGCCUAUAAAUGUAAGAUUAGGAACUGGAUGGAAGGCCAGGUAGCCCAUACCAGUGCCCAGUGCGGUGCUGGAACUCUCUGUUUUCUUUCCACAUGUUCACUCUAUCUCUGAGGGCCGAGCCUUGCGCAGUCCAAGCUUGACAGCUAAAAGCUCUGUUACUGUUUUUAUUGCACAGGCCUGGAGCCUCUGCAGUGGGGUUGAGCACAGCUUCCAGGGCCUCAUUUCUUCAGCCUGAAAUCAUAAACCACUCACUGCUUUUGCCGUCAUUCCCUGGAGGUACCAGUAAGUGUUUGAUACCAGUGUGAUCCUCAGAUGAGGAACUGGCCUUUAGGACUGUUUGCCCAUAUCCUGAUCUUACGAGCAGGUGGUAGACUUGCACUUUCUCCCCAGAUUUGCUUCGGCCAGCAAAAUGUGACCAGAAGUGUUCUACUUCUAAGCAGAGGCCCUUAGGAGCCAGUGUGUGAUUUUCCACACUCCGUUCCCUUUGCCAGGAGUGACUGGUGGUGUCCCAGAAAAUGGAGGCUCUGUCAGCCUGUGUUCCAUGUUAGGGCACUAUGGUGUAGAACCCUCACCAACAAAUGUGCAACAUGAAAUGUGACUGAGAAAUAAACCUUUGAUGUUUGAAGCCACUGA